AUGGCACCUUGCAUUCUAAACCUCGUUGUACGGUCACUUGCUCAGUUUUUGUUGUUUAUCAUCGUUCUACUGUUUCUUCUUUGUUCUUCUAGUACUUGUUUUGCAAUAAGUGGAGAGGCAGAGGCCCUUGUGAAAUGGAAGGACAGCCUUGAUAUGAAUCCAACUACUCAUUCUCUUCUCCGCUCUUGGAAUCUCAAUUCUACUCAUUCAACUUCUCAUCAUCUCUAUAACAAUACUCCUUGUACCUGGGUUGGGAUCACGUGUAACAAUUUUGGAAGUGUCAUCAAUAUUACUCUUCACAGCAGUAAUUUGAAAGGUACGCUUCACAACUUCAACUUCUCCUCCUUUCCCAACUUACUCGUGCUUAGCCUAUAUAACAACUCCCUUUAUGGAAGUAUCCCCAUGCACAUUGGAAACCUUUCCACACUCACCUCACUUGAUAUGGGGUUCAAUCAUCUCUCCGGAAACAUUCCUUCCCAAAUAUGCCUUUUGCCAAGAUUACGUUUCCUUGCUUUUCCUAACAAUUAUUUGAAUGGCUUUAUACCACCUCAAAUAGGCAUGUUGGUGUCUCUUGAAGUGAUUUAUGCUUAUAGUAACAAUCUUUCAGGUUCAAUUCCUAUGUCCAUUGGAAACUUGAGCAAGUUAACUGAAUUGAGUCUUAGUGGAAACAAAAUAGUUGGUUCCAUCCCCAAUGAGAUUGGACAGCUCAAAUCACUCACUAUCCUUUAUUUGAAUGAUAACCAACUCACUGGCCCAAUUGUUGUGUCUAUUGGAAACUUAAGUAGGUUAACUGAUUUGGCAUUUAGUGGAAACAAAAUAGUUGGGUCCAUUCCCAAUGAGAUUGGACAGCUUACAUCACUCACUACCCUUUAUUUGUAUGAUAACCAACUCAGUGGCUCAAUUCCGAUAUCCAUUGAAAACUUGAGCAAGUUGACUAAAUUGAGCCUUGGUGGAAAUAAAAUAGUUGGGUCCAUCCCCAGUGAGAUUGGACAAUUUAAAUCACUCACUAUCCUUUAUUUGUAUGAUAACCAACUCACUGGUUUAAUUCCUGUGUCCUUUGGAAACUUGAGGAAGUUAACUGGUUUGGAACUUAGUGGAAACAAAAUAGUUGGGUCCAUUCCCAAUGAGAUUGGACAGCUUAAAUUACUCACUAUCCUUUUUUUGUAUGAUAACCAACUUAGUGGCUCAAUUCCUAUAUCCAUUGGAAACUUGAGCAAGUUAACUGAAUUGAGCCUUGGUGGAAACAAAAUAGUUGGGUCCAUCCCCAAUGAGAUCAGACAGCUUAAAUCACUCACAGUCCUUGAUUUGAAUGAUAACCAACUCACUGGCCCAAUUCCUGUGUCCAUUGGAAACUUAAGCAAGUUAACUGAUUUGGAACUUGUUGGAAACAAAAUAGUUGGGUCCAUUCCCAAUGAGAUUGGACAACUUAAAUCACUCACUACCCUUUAUUUGUAUGAUAACCAACUCAGUGGCUCAAUUCCUAUGUCCAUUGGAAACUUGAGCAAGUUAAUUGAAUUGAGGCUUGGUGGAAACAAAAUAGUUGGGUGCAUCACCAAUGAGAUAGGGCAGCUUAAAUCACUCUCUAUCCUUUAUUUGUCUGAUAACCAACUCAUUGGCUCAAUUCCUAUGUCCAUUGGAAACUUGAGCAGGUUAACUGCUUUGGAACUCGGUGGAAACAAAAUAGUUGGGUCCAUUCCAAAUAAUAUUUGUCUUAAUGGGAAGCUUACAUGGUUUACAGCAGGUGAUAACAACUUUAGAGGUUCCAUUCCAAAAAGCAUAAGAAACUGCAGUUCAUUAGUCCACCUUUCAGUUGGUGGAAAUCAACUAAUAGGAAAUAUAUCUCAAGAAUUCGGAAUAUACCCAGACCUGGAUUAUAUGGACUUGAGCACCAAUAAGUUUUUUGGAGAACUUUCCAAAAACUGGGGACGGUUUGCAAAACUCACGAUGUUGAACAUCUCCAACAAUAAAAUUUCAGGUAGGCUACCUCCUGAACUUAGGAAGGCAACUCAAUUACGGGAACUUGACCUCUCAUCCAACCUUCUCGUAGGUAAAAUUCCUAAGGAAUUGGGACAACUGAAAUUGUUGUACAUUCUCAAGCUCAACAAUAAUUCCCUUUCUAGCAAUGUUCCUGGAGAAAUUGGAAUGAUAUCGGACCUUGAAACACUUGAUCUUGCAGCCAACCAAUUGAGUGGACCAAUUCCCAUGCAUUUGGAGCACUGUUCAAAACUACUGCAUUUAAACUUGAGGAAUAACAAAUUCAGUGGAAAUAUUCGCUUCCAACUUGGGAAUCUACUCUCCCUUGAAAAUCUGGAUCUAAGUAAUAAUUUUCUUUCAGGAGAGUUGCCUUCGGAGCUUGGUCAUUUGGAUAAGCUAGAAACAUUUAACCUCUCACACAACAAUCUGUCAGGCUCAAUACCAUCCAUGUUUAACGAAUUGUUAAGCUUGACAACUGUUGAUAUAUCCUACAAUCAGUUAGAAGGUCCUCUUCCCCACAUCAAAGCUUUCACUGAAGCUCCAAUGGAAGCCUUGGAAGGUAAUAAAGGAUUGUGCGGCAACAACACUAGUUUGAAGCCUUGCCUCACACCUAAAGAUAAAAAUAGAAAUCAAGCUGUAAUUGCAAUCAUAGUAUCCAUCUCCGGCAUUCUAUUUUUAUUGUUUAUCAUUGUUGGGAUGCUUUUUAUUUGCCAAAAAAGAGUGACGAAUAUGGUUGAACCAAGAGAAACACAAACUGAAGCUUUCUUUACUGCAUGGAACCACGAUGGGAAAAAAGUUCAUGAAGAAAUAGUUGCAGCAACAGAGAAUUUUGAUUCCAAAUAUUGCAUUGGAGUUGGAGAGAAUGGUAGUGUGUAUAAAACACUACUAUCAACUGGUCAAAUUGUUGCUGUGAAAAAGUUCCAUGAGAAUGAUGGAAUAGACCAUCAACAAGCUUUCAAAAGCGAGACAAGUAUUUUGCCAAAAGUGCGCCAUCGAAACAUCAUCAAGAUUUUUGGAUUUUGUGUGCAUACAAGAUACUCAUUUUUGGUGUAUGAGUUCAUGGAAAUGGGAAGUUUGGUAAAGAUAUUGAGCGACAAUGAAAAGGCAAUGGAGUUGGAAUGGCUCAAGAGAGUGAAUAUUGUCAAAGGUUUGGCAAAUGCGACAUGCUAUCUACACCAUGAAUGUUUACCAGCUAUAGUCCACAGAGACAUAUCUAGUAAGAAUGUUCUGUUGGAUGAUGAUUGUGAAGCUCACAUUUCUGACUUUGGUUCUGCUACAACUUUAGAUCCAGACUCAUCAAAUUGGACUCCAUUUGCAGGAACCUUGGGUUACUCAGCCCCAGAGCUUGCUUAUACAAUGGAAGUAAAUGAGAAGAUUGAUGUCUACAGCUUCGGAGUUGUUGCAUUAGAAUCUCUCAUGGGAGAGCAUCCUGGAGACCUCAUAUCAUCUCUGUUAUCAUCACCAUUACAUGCUGCUGAUGUUCUGCUUAAGGAUGUACUUGACCAACGUCUCUCACCUCCAAAGCGGCAAAUAGCAGACCAAGUGGUCUCCAUUGCAGAAAUAGCAUUUGUGUGCGUGCGACAAAGUCCACAGUCACGACCAACUAUGAAGCAAGUAUCUCAGAAGCUGUCAACUCCAUUACAAUCAUUGUCAGUUCCUUUUCAUAUGGUUACAAUAAAGCAGCUGUUUGAGUCCCCAGCAUGGACAUCCUAAAUUUUCUGCAAUUUCUCCUUGUUUUAGAUUGUCUACAUGUCUGUGUGCAUUUUCUUUCACUCUGUCUUUCUUCGUUUGUCACUGGGUUGUUUUCCUUUUCUUGCUUAUUAUGGACAAGACUUGGCAGUGUAACGUCUUAAUGAGUAAAGAGACUUUAUUUAUCUGGCUUCUUCUAUUUCCCUGAUUUUGGAUAAACAAUUUCAUGAGUCUCUUUAGUUUGCUAAUAGAUAGAGCCAAAGCUAAAUUUGCUGUCAUUUAAAUUCCAAAUGUCAUAUAAUAUUUAC